AUGACGACAAGGGCGAUUUAUGUCAGUCCGGAGGAACGUAACGCUCUAAUCAAACUAAGCUGCUCAAACCGAUGGAGGCUCCUCAAACGUCGCUACCUUGCCGCUUUGUUAGCCAUUUCGGCUAUUCGGAUUUGUUUGGUUUUUCUCAUUCAAUUAUCAGCUUAUUUGUUUCAUGGAUGCUUAGCUGUUAUGUCUUUCUUGAACUCGAUUUUUGUUUGA